GGCGCGUCCAUUUUGAAGAGGGCGGAGGCUAGCCGGUCUUGGGGGGGUGCGCGCAUCUACCGGAGCACAAUCCGUCUGAGCGAGCGGUAGGAGUCAGAGAAAACGACCGGGAGACAUUUUGACCCUGAUACAACCAAGGAUCUUUUGGAAACUACUUGAGGUCCCGCCCCCUGAGGUCCACAUUCCAGAGCCAAGAUGGCCGAUGAAGCUGACAUGCGCAAUGAGCUGGCUGACCUGCAGACACGGGCAGACCAAGUCGCUGAUGAUUCCCUGGAGAGCACUCGGCGUAUGCUGGCCCUGGUUGAGGAGAGUAAAGAUGCUGGCAUCAGGACUCUGGUCAUGUUGGAUGAACAGGGAGAGCAACUGGAGCGCAUCGAGGAAGGGAUGGACCAAAUCAAUAAGGACAUGAAGGAUGCGGAAAAGAAUUUGAACAAUCUAGGACAGUUCUGUGGUCUGUGUUCAUGUCCCUGUAACAAGAUUAAGGGUGGGGGCCAGGCGUGGGGGGCCAACCAGGACGGAGUGGUGAACGCCCAGCCCGGGGCCCGCGUGGUGGACGAGCGUGAACAGAUGGCCAUCAGUGGGGGCUUCAUCCGCAGGGUAACGGAAGAUGCCCGGGAGAACGAGAUGGACGAGAACCUGGAGCAGGUGGGCGGCAUCAUCGGAAACCUGCGUCACAUGGCCCUGGACAUGGGCCAGGAGAUCGACACCCAGAACCGGCAGAUCGACAGGAUCAUGGACAAGGCUGAUUCCAACAAGACCAGGAUUGAUGAGGCCAACCAGCGGGCUACAAAGAUGUUGGGAAGUGGCUAGACGGAGGAUAAAACCGCGCUUCCGUCCCCUCCCCCUUCCUACCACCCAACCCCACCCCCACAACAAGCCCGGCCCCCCUCCUGAUGUGGGUCGGCGCACAACAUGCUUUUAUCGUGAUACUUACUCGGUAGAGAUUCACACACAUGCACAUAUCUGCCCCCCCCCCCCCCCCAAAAUGCCUCUCCGACCACCCUAUUCGUCGUCAAUGUUGUGAUGUGUCGUCUCUCUAAGGCUUUUGUUAACAUAUGAUAGUCCUGAUACCAAUUGUCCAUGUGUCCCCCCCUACCCCCCCCCCCCCCCCCCAAACCCCAACCUGCUGUAUAUAGGGGCGUCUUUGAUGGCUUCACAGAUUUAGCUCCCCCCGUCUAACUUUCUGUGUCUCACUCUCUCUGUAUGUCCUGCUGUCGUUUUUUUUUUAAGUAUGUAUAAUAUAAAGUGUAUGUACACCUUGUUAUAAUCCCCCCCCCCCCCCUUGUGUGUCAGUAUUCUGAUGUUGUCCAUGUAAAACACACUGCUCUGCUACGUUUGUGACGCUAAGAACCACAGUGACUCCCCGUACUCCUCCGGCCUGCUUGUUAUACCAACCCUAGGCUAAACCUCGCAACUGCGAAGAUGAAUGUCUAAUCGACACAAAGAACUAGAUGUAUGGCACAGAGACACUGAGAGCAAAACCCCAAGACGGUCUCUAUUGACACUUUAAUUGAAACUAAAACCAUUUGAUCAAAUUGAAGACGGUUUGCCCAGUGUUCACCCUUACCUCUGGUGCAUUGAUCUCAUACAGUUGGUCUGGUCUUAAAAGUGACAACCUACAGUAUAUAUAAGGACAUUCUUAAACGUAGUUUGUGCUAGUGCACCACCAAACAUCAGAGGUGUGCGGGGCGUGAGGCAAACCUGUUUUUGACUGCAGUGCUGCAGCCGUCAGACUGGAUUGUUCAUCAUCACCUGCCGCUUGGUGUGAAAAGCAGAAGGAUGUGGGGUCCGAGGUAUAUAACAAGAUAACAGAAAACUGAUUACAAGUCGUCUGAAUGACAGACAGGGCUCAGAUACGUUCAGGCCACCGCACUGGGGUUAUACCUCCAUAAUUCAACGUUAUGACAUUGCUCUAUAAGUGUGUUGUGCAUGUUCAACUGCUGUCAAACAAUUGAUUCAGGCAGAUCAUAAUAUCAGGGCAAUCGCAUGCUUUGCAUGUAGGCCACACACGGACGACAGGCCUAUGUCUACUGCCCCCUGCGCCACAAGAGUGCCACUCUUUUUGUUUUACUCAUAUAAUGUACGUAUAUAUCUUUCCAGACUGUGACCAUCAUUGUAAAAUAUUACCAUGGAACAUGCCAAUAAAAUCGUAUAACUAGAAAAAACAAAAA